GGCAGAGUUCAUCGUUGUGCACUGUGCCUCUUUCAUAUUCUUCAAAAAAGCCGCUACCGGUACUUGUAGCUAGGGGAUCAGAGUGCUUCUCCUCGAGGUCAAACGUAUGCAGUUCCACUUGUGAGAAUGGCGGAGGAACGAAGGACUCGCUCUGGUGUUGGUCGAACUGAUGCGAUGCCUGUUGCCACGCAUCGAGAUGAUCCAGAAGGGACAAUCCAAAAUGAUGUGGAUGUAUCUCAAGACUUGCUCUUGCUGGCCAUGCUGGGAGUCAACUCUCGGGCUCCGCCAUAUGCCUUUGACUACUUGACUCCUCGUGAUCUUAUGCAGUUGCCAGUGGUUUCCAAGACUAUGCAACAAUACCUGCAGGAAAUUGACUACCAUGGGAGCAAAUGUGGUCGGCUCUAUAAGGUUCCCUUUCCGGGUUUUCCAGGAUUGUUUCAAGGGAGCAAAAAAUUGUCAGACCGAGCUGCAAACAGAGAAAGCUAUGAUGGUCUUUUCCCUCACCAGCUGGCCAGUCUUCAAGCAAUGCACAAGGCUGAGAAUGCCAACAAAGACUACGGUGCUCUUAGAGGUGGAAUUUUGGCAGAUGCUCCUGGAUUAGGAAAGACGAUCACGACUCUUGCCCUGAUUAUUUCCACCGCUGGAAGGAGACCAACUGUCCCCAAGGAAUUUUGGGACUCGCAAAAGAUCCAAGAAGGAUGGGAAGGUCUCUCUCAAAACCCCUAUUGCGCAGGAGAUGUUAUGGUAGCGAUUGCCCCGUUUCGACCUCUCCGCAAAAUCUAUUUGGCAAUGGCUGAACAUGUGCAACCGCCAUUCCCUGUUGCGAGGUUUCCACAGUUGAAGGAUUUUGAGACCUAUGUCAAACGUACCGUCAACAACCAUGCCACCAGUGCUCAGAAGGAACUGUUUCGUCAGAAUUUGAUCCAGCUCCAAGCAGGAAUGAUCAAAUCACAUCGAAAAACCAAAUCGACCGAAGCAGGACGCCGCAUGGCCUGGGAAAGAAGCUUGAUCCCAACUAGUGCCACACUGUUGGUCGUGCCAGAUGCCCUCCUCGAGCAUUGGUAUCAGCAGAUAGAGCUACACUUGAAUAGGUUCAUCUUUGCCGACACAAAAGAGGGAAGAUUUGACGAACAGAGGCAAGGAGAAGACGGCACUGGAUCAAAGCGCGCCAAGAGCAACAAUGAAGAGGGUCGAGGAGUGGUCUUUUUGGAUGGUGUGGGAGAUAUUGCAGACACUCAGAUGCCCCUGGGAGGAGUCCAGCGUUCCAAUCCGCUCCCGCUGUCAUGGGAGCUUUCCAAAUACUUGAUCGUAGUGACAACAUUUAGCAGGUGUGAGCAAGAGUUCCACAAAGAAGUUCUAGGAGGACGCAUGGAAAGCGUUUCUUCUGUGCAGGGAGGCAAACGAAAGCGAUCCCAUUUGGCCGUUGAUGGAACGUCAGCGGACUAUUCACUUUCCACGCUAUUGCAGAUGCGUUGGCUUCGAAUUGUGGUGGACGAGGGCCAUGAACUAGGGACACAUGAAGGUGGAAAUGGCUUGACGCAGUUCAUCCACCAGAUUGCAGCAGAAAGAAGAUGGGUGCUAAGUGGUACACCAACAACAGGAGAUGAGGAUGAUGCUCAAUUCACCAGCAAGGCAUUGGACCAGUUACAACGCUUGCUCUUGUUCUUGCGCCACCCAAUUUAUGGGACCUUGCUUCCAGCAGCACCUACAUCAGCCUCGCCUUAUGUAUUUGACUACAAGAGGGUUAUGAAGAAGGCAGGCAACAACCAACUUGAGCAGAAACAAAGAGCCAAAACCACAUGGGUAGCCACUGUGAAAGAACCCUUUCUGCAGAAGAAGCUAGGAGGACGAGAAGCAUUGCUCCAAGUGCUCCAUGGCGUCAUGGUAAUCCACAAGAAAGAGGACAUCAAUUUGCCCAAACCUGACUUCGUUCAGAGUGAUGUUGAGCUCCCAAUCCCAAUGCAAGUUCAAUCAAAUAUCCGGGACAAUGUAGCGAGCAGCGCGACACUCCUACAGGAAUACCUAAAAACUGACGAGUUUCAGGCUCUAGUGGAUGGUGCCCAAGCAGGACACAUUCUGCAGAAGAUCCAGCAAGCCAAGGAUGCCCUUCAAGCUCGAGGUGGCCCUUUAGAAAACAGGGAGGGUCCUUUGAAGAUGUUGUCGGAAAAUGAAGCCAACCCCCGGGGCAAUACCCUUGCGCACAAGGACCGUCGGCCCAUAAAGGCUGUUGUCUAUUCCUCCAACAAAUUCAACUUAAGAGAUGUGACAGAGGCCCUAUACAAGAAAUUAACAGACGAAAACAUUGCCGAGGCGUAUGAUGAGCAAGGCUAUGAUUGCAGCUCCGAGUUGUCUAGAUUCCGGCACAACCGCAAAGUGUGCAGGCGCUGUCCAGUUUGUUCGUUUCUUAAUGAGGCAGUGGGCACAGCAAAAAGACGCGAACCCAAGUGCGAGAACUUCUUGUUAGAGGUGGUGAAGCCAGAUGAUGACAGCUGCCGCUUCCUUGUCGAACCAGAACGAAUCAUCAGGGCUCUGCCUCCUCCUAUUGGGAAUGUGCCUUUGGAGCGAUUGAAUGGCGCUGGAUAUGAUGAGUAUGGAUCCAACCGCAGAGUAUGGGCAGUGAAGGAUAUCGUACUUGUUGAUAUUCAAGACCCACACCCCUUGCUGGUGAAAAGAAGGGACCAAGGGGUCUGGGAAGAGUUUGGGGCCGAUCGGUGCAUGGAGCGGGCAGAGGAGGAUCGCUAUCUGGGUUCCGACUGGUAUUUUGGACCACUCCCAUCAUUGGAGAGCAAUGGAGGCUCUCGUUUCAUGGAGGUGGAAAUCAGCAAAUGGCAACAUUGUGGGCGGUAUCACAAUCAUUCAAGAUGGUACACUGGGCCCAGGCUGAUGGAGGCUCCAUUGGAGAUCAUCAAGGAGAACGUUUUCAUUCUUUCACUUGAUGCAGGUCUUUCUCAUGGGCUUGACUUGUCCUUUGUUACACAUAUAUUCUUGUUGGAACCCAUUGAUGACGCAGCCCUAUUGGAACAAAUCACCAGUCGAGCUCACCGACUUGGAGCAACAGGGCCAGUGGUCGUUGACACCGUUAACGUGCAUUACAAAGUGGAGGCAGAAACUGAAGCAGCUGUGGAUACCUCGCUGAAGAUUCACCAGGCACUUGACGAAGAGGAAGAAGCAUCAAAGAAACUUGCCAAAGGCGCCAGUGUGCAGUCCAACAAGCAAAAGGGGAAAUCCUUGUCUACUGUUGUGUGCCACUUUUGCUAUCGUCAGUUUGGCUCAAUUUCAGAAGCAGAGACACAUGAAACCACGAAGUGCCCACGCAAUCCAUCCGUCUCCCUCAGCUCUUGCCCUUUCACGAUGUCGUCGGUUUUCAGAGACAUCAAGCCACCUCCCCCUCGCUUGUCUACUAUUGCGCAAGAUUGAGCGUAUUGGUGAUUAUAACGUAUUUCUAUCAACGCUAUCAACGCAACGAUGCUUUUUAAAUGUCUAUUCUGUGGGCUCACUCCAGUCUGGACCGUAGGUACCGGUAGAGUGCAAGCAGUAGUAGCCGCUGCUC